GGAAGUAGAUAGAAGCGUCCGGUUCUUGUUCAAACAGUGGUGCGUUUUCGAUGACCUUUUGAUCUCUCUGAUCUAAAUUACAUGUAUUUAGUAAGUAGUGAUGGUCUUUCCGAAACUUGGGCGCUUUUGACGGAAAAUCGAUCAGUUGCGGGGGUGGCAAGGCGCGGCGCAGUCGCGUAUUAUUCUUUCACAACCCCACACUGUCCUAGGCCACGGAUUUUUUCGCCUUUCCAUCGUUACGGAUAAAUACAGUGAAAGCAUGUGAACAAUCAUUUUGGGUUUGUUGAGAGGGGAAAAUGGUGCGCUUAGAUCGGCAACUCGCUGUGCGUUUAUCUAUUAAGGGCGUUUGGAUGUUGUGAAAGGUUGUGUUUCUUCGGACGAUGAUAUAAAUUUUGGUUUUGUUUGUUUGUGCGCGAGUAUAGAAGCAGCAGCAUGGGGAACACGAUGGCGGGCGAUGCCAAGGCGGCCGGUGGAAAGACGCCCAAGAUGAAGAAUUUCAUGAAGAACAGAGGCAAAAGGGGGAAACACGAGGAGCCCCAGUUCACGGACAUCGGGGUGGAGGCUCAACCCCACGGUGAUCUGGGAGCAACAGGUGGACUGGUGGAGGUGAUCGAGACUCCGGUGAAGACGCCGGAGGAGCUUUGGAUCGAGGAGAAGACGCCGUCGGUGACGUCUCCGCAAAGCAACGAAUCCUCCGACACGCAUUUCACUGAUCCGUUGACUCCUGUGGAAUUCUCCACUGAAAUCAACGAGUGCUACUACAGCCAAGAAAGCGUCCUCGAUGGACCAUCUUCAACGGACGCUCAAAGCUUGCCUUUGAACAGCUUCAAGCUCAACGAGUACAAGGCCCGACGGGAGGAGGUCAACCGUAAGCUCAGUAAGCUCAGCGUGUCCGAGACGAGUCAGAUGAACUUCGAUGAAGAGGAGGAGAACCUUCUGCUCGACGAAGAAGGUAACCAGGAGGAAGAGGAAGAGCACAUCGUUUGCGCUACGGAUGAGGACGACGACAAUGAUAAUAACAUCGAGUAUGCGGGAGCUCUGCACGAGUACGCGAGUUCAACUGGCGAAGAGCGCGCAGACCUCCAGAAUUUCGUCGCAGCUGAUCUGUCAACGCUCGGAGAUACGAAGACAUGUUCAAAUAUGUCCAAGGAUUCUGCACAACGAGGAGAUAACGACUCGACCGAUAUGCAACCUAAACCAGGUCGUCAUGAGAUCAAGAGACACAUGUCGGUGUCCUCGGGGAUGCCCUCACAGGAAACGACGAAAUUGGCAGGCACAGAGGUGCUCAAGAAGGUGGCAUCCCUGACGCUCGUCAGCACCGAGUCGAAGGUCACCAGGCCCAGAUUCGUCCCGGAAAAGCUAGACUUUCAACUAUACGAAGUCUUCGAAGGCCACAUGCUGAUCAACUGGUAUAUCUCUGAGUUUCGAGAAGACGAGUACCUGUGUCUAAUCAACAAUCCUCAGGAUCUGAAGCUGCUGGCCAUUCAAUUCUGCACUCAUCUCUUAGCGGCCGGCGUCCUCAGGCAGAUCUCCGACAAUAAUCUUCCGAUGUACAAUAUAUUCAAGCCGGAUUUAAUGUAUUAUUGGGCACACUCCGAGGCGCCGGCCCCGAUUGCGGAUACACCAGGUAAACUGAGCCAGUACUCGUGGCCUCCGACGUACACGGAUUCCCUGGAAUCCUCAAAGUCCGCAUCUCCUCAAUCUCCGAGCGCUUCUGAUGCUAAUAACAUCUCCAACAAAGAGUCGAUGUUUGAGGAUCUUCAAUCGCAAAUUGAGAAGCUGAAGCAGGAGAACGAGAAGUACAAAACGCUCAUCGACAUCCAGACAUUGACGACGAACGCCGUCGAGGAUUUUGCUUCGCCGGAGGAGCAAACUGAUAGGAAAAAGAAUGGCUGUGAUAAAAGUAUUGGGACCAGUGACGAUGAUGAUAAUAAUAAGUUAGAUGUUAGUGAUAAUGAUGAUGGAAAGGCUGUGUGCAAACAGUGCGGAUGGACGAUGAGGCUCAGCGAAAGACAAAGUGGCGACGGUGUUAUUGGAGAUUCGGUGCAAGUUAAUGGAUUAAAUAAUUUAAUCGCUGCUCCUACGGUGCCGAGUUCUUCUACACGGCUCUCUCAAGAUAUAGCAGUUGCUCCGGUCUCUGUAAAUAUUACUACAGCUCCUCCGCCACCUCCAAUGCCAGCAACAUCUUAUCCGACGACAGAAAUUGAAGCUCCUAUUCCUCCUCCGAUGCCUAGUUUCACUUGUCCACCUCCACCUCCUAUGCCAGGUGCAGGUAUUCCUAUACCACCACCACCACCUAUGUUAGGUUUAGGUCCAUGUCCUCCUCCUCCACCACCACUACCAGGCAUGGGUGGUCCUCCUCCUCCACCACCACUACCUGGCAUGGGUGGUCCUCCUCCUCCACCACCACUACCUGGCAUGGGUGGACCACCUCCUCCUCCGCCGCCUCCAGGAAUGUGUGGACCACCUCCGCCGCCGCCUCCUCCAGGUAUGGGCGGCCCUCCUCCACCGCCACCUCCACCAGGAAUGGGAGGACCUCCGCCGCCACCUCCAAUGGGUGGUCCAUCACCUUUUCCAACGCCACCAGUUGGAGGAUGGAACGCGAACAAAGCAUCGGGUCCACCACCACCCACGUUUUCAGCUAUAAGGAAAAGUCCCGUGAAUCCUGUGGCACCCAUGAAACCGCUUUACUGGACCCGCAUUCUGGUGAGGCAACGAGCGGCGAUGAACAAUCCAGCCGUGGAUUCCACCGAUUCCCCGACGGGAGAUGCGCAACCCUUGUGGUUGCAUUUGGACGAGGUGACUCUGGACAACCUGACGGAAUUCACCGACCUCUUCUCCAGGCAAGUGGUGACCUCGAAGCCCACAAAGAAAAAGGUCGAAGCUAAACCUAAAGCGGAAGCGAUAAAGUUAUUGGACAGCAAGAGAUCCCAGAACGUCGGUAUAUUGGCGCAGAGUUUGCACGUGGAAAUCCACGAGAUCGAAGCGGCCAUCUACAACUUUGAUACAUCAGUCGUCAGUUUGGAGGCUUUGCAGCAGAUUUACGAGGCUAGGGCCAGCGGCGAAGAACUGGAACUAAUUAAGAGCCACGUCCAGGAUAAACCAGAACUCGCUUUAGACAAACCCGAGCAAUUUUUGUACGAUCUUGCUGAGAUUUCCAAUUUUGCUGAACGCAUUUCUUGCUUCAUGUUCAUCACUGAAUUCGACGAAUCACUAGCUGCCAUCGAAGUUACUUUAUCAAACAUCAAGAACACAUGCAAAUUUCUGACAACGAACGAAAGCUUAAAAGAGGUGAUGGCUAUCAUAUUAACAUUGGGGAAUUAUAUGAACGGAGGAAACAUGUCGCGCGGCCAAGCGGACGGUUUCGGAUUAGAAAUCCUGGCGAAGCUCAAGGACGUAAAAUCGAAGGAUUCCCAGACGACUCUUCUCCACUACAUAGUCAGACUAUGCGUGAAGAAAUUGGAGAAUCCUCUUUCCAACGUCAACAAUCUGCCGGUUCCGAAGCUUAGCGACAUCAGCGGUGCGGCGUCCGUCAACUUCGAUGACCUCCACGGAACUCUGAACAAUUUGCAAAAGAAACUAAACGGUUGCGUAAAUCGAACGGUGGAGGUGAUCGAUGCGGCGACGCCGGAAAAUCUGGAACCGUUCAAGGAGAAGAUGAACACGUUUUUGGAGAACGCCAAGAAACGGUUGGCAGCCGAGGGAGAGGAUCUCGAAGAGUGUAAACAAAUUUUUAUCCGGACGAUGAGAUUCUAUCAGUUCCAGCCGAAAAGUGGGACGUUGGAAACGUUUCCGCCGAACGACUUUUUCGAGCUGUGGCUGCAAUUCUGUUCCGAUUUCAAGGAGAUUUGGAAGAAGGAAAUGAUCAGAUUGGAAAAAGAAAAAAUUAACGAACUGAAAAGGAAAAAGGACGAGAGGCAUGCAGAGCACGUUACAAUUAAGAAGCGCGAUAAUGGACUGAAGGCGAAAGUCGACCGGAUAAAAGCCAAGAAGGCGAAGAAUAUAAAGAAUUAAGUAAUAAGUAUUUACAGUAUACACAUAUAUAGAUGAAUCAUAAUCGAUUUUAUAAGGCUAAAAUCCUAAAAAAAAACAAUAAGUUAGAGCCUCAUUUCCUAUA